AUGAGUGUCUUCAGUUUCUUCACGAUCUUGACGAUGGCUCUGCUCGGUGCUACUGCCCCUAUCGAGCCCAAGGAUAUCACCCCCGCCUCGCCCCUCCUCGAGCCCCGAACAGACUUCUGCGCUCAUGAGCCGCACUGCGCCCUCAUCACGUUCGACUUCCAGAAGCAGAUCGAGCUCGACAACGAGACCUGUCGCGAUCUCAAGGACGGCAACUCGGUCACAGGCAUUCUGAUCUCUAAGUGCUAUUGCACCCUGUUCAACGAACUUGCUGGACGGCUUCUGAAUGAAGAGUCCUUCGGAAAAUCCAUCUCUUUACACUUGAACCAGGGCAUCAUCGAGAGAUCCUCUUCGACCGUGUUUGGCAUGCUGAGCCAGGGGUGA